AUGACCAAUGUCACCUUGGUGGCAGGAUUUCUCCUUGUGGGGUUUUCUAAUAUCCAAGAACUGCAGAUAUUAUAUUGGGUACUCUUCCUCAUGAUUUACCUGGCUAUCCUAAUGAGUAACCUUCUCAUCAUUACUCUCACUACCCUAGAACUGCAGAUACAAACACCCAUGUACUUUUUCCUGAAGAACUUAUUUUUCCUGGAUGUGUUCCUUGUGUCUGUUCCAAUCCCCAAAUUCAUUCUCAACAGCCUAACUUACAACAAUUCCAUUUCCACUUUAGGAUGUGCCUUUCAGCUACUUUUAAUGACUUCCUUUGAAGCAGGUGAGGUAAUAGUCCUCACUGCCAUGUCCUAUGACUGCUAUGUAGCUAUAUGCUGUCCCCUGAACGAUGAGGUAACCAUGAAUGCUGGUGCCUGGUUACUGAUGGCAGGUGUUUCUUGGGCCAUUGGGGGGCUCUUUGGAACUCUGUACACCACUGGCACAUCUUUUAUGCCAUUCUGUGGCUCCAAUGUGAUCCCACAGUUUUUUUGUGAUGUGUCCUCAUUGCUAAGGAUUUCUUGUCCUGAAACACUCCUGGUAGUUUACACAAGUAUUGGAACAGGUAUCUUAGGCAUGUCUUGUUUCAUCUGUAUUGUGAUCUCUUAUGUUUAUAUUUUCUCCACUGUGCUAAAGAUUCCAAUAGAAGGCCAAUCAAAAGCUUUCUCCACGUGCUUUCCCCAUCUCAUUGUCUUUACUCUUUUUAUUAUAACUGCUUGUUUUGUCUAUCUCAAACCAUCUGCAAAUCCACCCUCAGUUAUUGACAGGCUGCUUUCUGUAAUCUACACUGUGGUACCUCCAAUACUUAACCCUAUAAGCUAUAGCCUGAGGAACAAGGAUAUGAAACAGGCUAUUAUGAGAUUGCUGCACAAAACUUGUGGCCAUUAG